UAGUUUCAAACGAGCGUGUAGAGUCAAAACAAUGUCCCAUCGACUGCCAGAAGCCACGCGUUCCUCAAAUUUGUGAAAAACAUUCAGAGUUUUCUGUAUUUCCGGAGAUUUUUGUACGAUAAUUAGCAUUGAUAGGUGCAAAGAAGCAAUAGUGGUAGCGUUUUGUGCGUUACAGUAAUGGAUUUCGCCAAAAAUAUACUUCAAAAGUACGGCUGGAAGGAAGGCGAUGGUUUGGGCAAAAACUCCGAUGGUAUCGUGAAACCCAUCAAGGCCAGCUUCAAGUUCAACAGUUCCGGUCUCGGCUCGGACCAGGCCAAAGAUCUCACCAACAAUUGGUGGGAUCGGGUGUUCAACGAGGCCGCCAACAACAUCGAGGUGGGUCCGGCGGGAAAAAUCACCCAAAAGGAACGGGAUGCCGUGGAAAUCACCAACAAAAGUUAUUCGGUGAAGAAACUGAAACAGAAAACUGCCGAUGGGAAGGCGAACUAUGGGGGGUUCCUGAAGGCGUCAACACUGUUGACGAACGUCGGUCGGGAGGAGGAGAUUGAGGGGCACGUUCAAACGGAGGAUAUUGAAUUCAAAGCUGCCAAGGUGCUCACAGAUGAGGAACUGUUUGCGGCCUGUGGAGGAAGAACAGCUCACAAGGGAGCCCGCCACGGGCUGAACCUCACAGGGAAACUGGCUCGGAUCGAAGCCCAGAACAACAAACUCCUCCAGGAACUGGAGUCGAAGUCUUUCGAGAAGGUUAUCAAAAGCAACGACUGGCAGCAGGUGCAGAAGAAGAAAAAAUCCAAAAAGAAGAAACGCAACGAGGAACGGUGGAGCGAACGGCACCAGGAGGAGGAGGAAGACGAUCUGAAGGACAUGAUCCACAAUGCCAACUACGUGGUGAAGAAGAACAAGAAGAAAGCCAAGGCGGAGAAGCGAAUGGAGAGCGACCUGGUGGACGAGCUGAGCGAGUCGAUGGGACUGUUUGACACUUUGCCGGAGGAUGACGGUCACGAACCGGAACCGGGUCCAAGCAUCGAGGACGAACUGGAUGUGCUGAGCGAGAAGAUCCGCAAACUGGAUCACAACUCGGUGGUCAUCAAGAAGAAGGAUAAGAAAAAGAAGAAAAAGGCACGGGUGCAGGAGGAAGACGAAGGAGGAGACGACCAUUCGACGGAUCCGUCGGCAAAGUAUAAGAAGAACUACAAGAAGGAACAAAAGCUGAACAAUGUACUGCUAAGGCAGACGGUGUGUCACGAAGUCGAACCGGAGAAACCCAGCAAGCCGAAGAAGCUACUGAAGUCGGACUCGGAGGCAUCGGACAGCGAGGAGGAUGUCGUGGCGCGCAUCCAAGCGGACCGGGAAAAGAUGCAGUCCCAGAUUCCGAAAAUCAAGGUUAGUGAGUUGACCGAGGAAGAUCAGCGAUCGGCGGCGGAGAAGUUCAAGGAACGGCACAGGAACGGCGUGAAACGGGUGGAUCGACACAAAACCAAAAAGAAGAAAAGCAAAAAACACACGCGGCAGCUGUCUAAGCUGGCAGAUGUGCUGGGGAAGCUGUGAAUGGGGAUUACAGGUCUGGCUGGGCUUCCGAUUACUGCAAGAAGAUAGGGAUACAAUACACGAAAGCAAUUGCAAAUAGGCCUUUUUGUUUGCCACAUAGAUCUCGUGAUCUUGGUUUUUUGAAUUAAUUUGUCGAUGUCGUUGUCGUGUGAAGUACGCUUUUGCUAUAACAGUAGAUUUUACUCGAUUCAAUAAACGUUUAUUGAAAGUCUUUGAACUCAAAUAGAA